AUGAGAACGCUCCCUCUCAAUGCAAAGACCCGACAAGUUGAAUGUGAGAGAAAAAAACCGACCAGUCAAAAAAACGAAAUAGUCUCUGUCGCAAUGGACGUGGGAGCGUUACUAUGCCGUUCAUUACUGUUGGCUUUCUUAGUGUGCACCGUAACACAGGAGGCGCGAGCACUGCUGUGUUAUUGUGAGCGGUGUUUAAAUAGGACGUGUAACACAACUGGCAUGUGCUUUGCUUUCGUCUCGAAGUCUGCCGGACAGAUUGUGACACAUGAGGCUUCCUGCAUAGAGCAGGAUCAUCUCCUCCCUCCAGACAGGCCCUUCCAGUGUGCCCCCUACAACCAUGGCAUGCAUCCACACUGCUGCAACACCCACAUGUGCAACAAGAACCCAAAAGUCAUCCCAGAGCUCCCUGAUGCGAAACCCCAGUCCCUGAGUCCCGUGGCCCUGGCUGCAAUGAUCGCGGUACCCAUCUGUGUACUGAGCUUUGUGCUAGUGCUGCUCCUCUACAUUUGCCAUAAAGGUUUCAUAAUCCACCACCGUGUGCCAAGUGAGGAAGACCCCAGAGUGGACCACCCCUUCCUUGCUGAUAGCACCACACUGAAGGACCUCAUCUAUGACAUGACCACUUCUGGAUCAGGCUCAGGUUUGCCACUGCUUGUACAAAGGACCAUUGCCAGGACCAUCAUCCUGCAGGAGAGUAUAGGGAAGGGCCGUUUUGGAGAGGUGUGGAGGGGCCGCUGGCGUGGAGAGGAGGUGGCAGUGAAGAUCUUCUCCUCCAGAGAGGAGCGCUCUUGGUUCCGGGAGGCAGAGAUCUACCAGACCGUCAUGCUUCGUCAUGAAAACAUCCUGGGUUUUAUUGCUGCAGACAACAAAGAUAAUGGCACGUGGACUCAGCUGUGGCUGGUUUCUGAUUACCAUGAGCACGGCUCACUCUUUGACUACCUGAACAGGUACACAGUCACUGUGGAGGGCAUGAUCAAGCUCUCUCUGUCUGGCGCUAGUGGCCUGGCUCAUCUGCAUAUGGAGAUUGUGGGCACUCAGGGUAAGCCUGCCAUUGCCCAUCGUGAUCUGAAAUCUAAAAACAUCCUGGUGAAGAAGAAUGGAACCUGCUGCAUCGCUGACCUAGGCUUGGCUGUGCGCCACGACUCUGCCACAGACACCAUAGAUAUUGCACCCAACCACAGAGUGGGCACCAAGAGGUAUAUGGCCCCUGAGGUACUGGAUGACACUAUUAACAUGAAGCAUUUUGAGUCUUUUAAAAGGGCAGACAUCUAUGCCUUGGGUCUGGUAUUCUGGGAGAUUGCCCGCAGGUGUUCAAUUGGAGGCAUCCAUGAGGACUACCAACAUCCCUACUAUGACCUUGUUCCAUCUGACCCAUCAGUAGAGGACAUGAAGCGAGUGGUUUGUGACCAGAAGCUUCGUGUCAACAUCCCUAACAGGUGGCAGAGCUGUGAGGCCCUGCGUGUGAUGGCUAAGAUCAUGAGGGAAUGCUGGUACGCCAACGGAGCAGCCCGCCUCACCGCGCUACGUGUGAAGAAGUCUCUGUCCAUGCUCAGCCAGCAAGAGGGUAUCAAGAUGUAGAUACAUCUCUCUUUAUCUUUACACUGCCAAUCCACUUCCUCCACUAAUCUAGGGAGGUUAUGGAAAACUUUAAAAAAAAAAAAAAAAAAAAAAUAGAUGACUUUCUUACUUUCAUUAUGGAGAUUUACUUCAACACUUCAAUUAUGGGGGAUGGACAGUAGUUGAGGGGUGAGUGUUGUGAGAUUUCAAACUCUGCCAUGCUGUCCAUCUAAAGAUGCAUCCUCAUCAUACAAGAUCACCUCAAACAACCAUUACAGCAACUGCAGGUUUUCACAUACCUGUGCUCAAAGCUACACCAGUCCACUGGGAUAUCAGUUUUCUUUUCAGUUGUUUGGUGACUGACCAGGCAACUAACCAUAGACAGCCAUUCAGUGUCAUUGAUGUGCUUUGCAAGCUGGGCUUGACUCUUGACUUUUAUAUUUAUAUAUAGCCUGUUGUCCAUAGAUGUACAUAUUCGACUAAAGUUGCUAGUGUGUAUUUCUAUGUGUAGGCUUACCAAGGCGUGUGUGUGUGUGUGUGUGUGUGUGUGUGUGUGUGUGUUUAGGUGGUUUACAUGGACUUUUUUUAUAUAGGUUACAAACUGGUAUUUGCAAGGGUGUUAUGCUAUAAAUGCGGUUUAUGAGGACAUAUCUAGGGUCCCCAUAAGGUAAAUCGGUUGGGAAAAACAUACCAAACAAUGUUUUAUUGAAAAUUUUAAAAUGCAGAAAGUUUUUUAUGAUGGUUAGGGGAUAGAAUCUGUAGUUUGUACAGUAUAAAAAUAAUUAUGUCUAUGGAGAGUC